AUGGCGAGCUUCUGCCGGCUGCCGCCUCUCAUCAACACACACAUUUCGAAGGAUAUGCAUGAGAUCAUCCUGACUGUGCAGUAUUUCGAGAAACUUGCCCUGAGAUUGCAGGACAGUCAUGCAGACUUCCCCGACAUCCAUCAACAUAUGCGCAAAUGGUUAAGCGAUAUGCGAUGCUUCAGUAUAGAUGAAGGGAUUCUAACAUUGUCUAACAUACUGGAGAUCUUCUCGAAUUUCUCCCGCUGGAUUGUGAAGAACAAUAUCAGUUACCGCCGCGUACCUGAGGACAUCCGGGCGGACGUCGUUUGGCUCAAGUCAAGAUGGCAAAUGGGUGACUGGAAUCUGGCAGAUCCACUUCGCGGGCUCAAUAUUGCUUACAAGAAUGACUGUAUCAGCAGAAGUCUGAACAAGAACUGGAAAUUCUACAAUCCUGCCUGGAAUCGCUUCGGUCACAAUGGCUUGGUACCUGGCGUCACCUGGCGUUACUAUAUCGCUAUCAUGCGUGACGGGGGCCAUGGCUCUCCUGAGGCUGGAAUAUCGGGUAUCGCGGGUCAAGGAGCAGUGUCUGUUGUUCUUAGCGUCCCUAAUACCCAGGGUGAGUACGCAGAUUGGGAUGAGGGGAAUAAGAUUGGAUACGUCAGCACGGUCGGCUCAAGAGACCAACCAUCAACAUACACUCAAUUACUCCUCGACAGUCACGACUGGUACGUCAAGUCUAACAAGAUUAAGAUUGAAGGAGAAGACCAGCAAAGAGAAGAAGAGAGAAAGAAAGAGGAUCGACCCGUCCGAGUCUUCCGGUCGUGGAAGCUGCCACCAAAGAACACGUGGCGGCCGAGAAAUGGGUUCAGAUACGAUGGGCUAUACGACGUGAUCGACAAGGAGCUAAUUGACCCGGAUAGAGCCUUAUACCGUUUCACUAUGGAACGGCAAUACGAUCAGUGGGCGAUCAGAGUCGAUCAGCCUGACGAUCAGACUUUAUUGCUCUGGGACCAGUGCGCUAUAACGCAGAAGACUGCAAAAUAA